AUGGGGAAGCGUAAGAAGAAGGAGGCGAACCUCAACAUGCCGCGGAAGAAGCGCGCCGAUGAGCUCGCGGCGGCGGAGGCGAAGGAGGCCGAGGAGGAGGCCCGCCUGAGGGAGGCGAGCUCGGACGUGCCGAUGGCGGAUCUGGUGGCGUCCUUCGCGGACGAGCUGCGGUGCCAGCUGUGCUCCGAGAUCUUCGAGGACCCGUGCACGCUGCCGUGCGGCCACAACUUCUGCCGCGCGUGCGCCGAGGAGAGGCUGCACGGGAAAGGGGUGUACAAGAACGAGUGCCCGCACGAGAGGUGCACGCAGCCGUGCUACGUGAAGGACCUCGAGCGCAACCACACGAUCGCGAGCAUCGUGGCGACGCUCAGGGACGCCGUCGCGCCCUUCGCCGCGGGAUUCGAUCGAGCCCGAGGCCGCGAACCCCCCGCCGCGAGGGCCGACGCGAACCAAGGGAAGAAGAACGCGGACGCCGGGUGGGACGACGAGAGGGGCGACGCGGACGGGGUGCCCACGACAGAGGACGGGGUGCCCACGACGACAGAGGACGGGGUGCCCACGACGACGGAGGAGUGCGGUCGACUCGCCGAGGAGAUCCGGGAGAUCGACGCCGUGGCGAACUACCUGCGACGCGAGCUGGAGAAGAUCAGGGCGGCGAGGGCGGCGAAGGCGGCGAGGGCGGCCGAGGACGCCGCCGCCGCCCGAGGCACGCAGACGCAGACGCAGACCCAGACCCAGCGCGGAUCCACCCAGGCGCUGGGACAGUGCGCGCGACUUAACAUGACCCAGGCGCGGCAUCUCUACCUCAUGGCGCACGGCGAGGCCCCCAAGAGGGGCGCCACGCUCAAGAAGCUCAGAGCCGCGGCGGCUAAGCUCGACCCGGACGUGGUGGCGGCGGUGCUCGGCGCGGAGGACGAAGUUCAGGUCGCGGGUUCAAACCCCGACGGGGACGAAGAGCGCACACGAAACGCACGAAACGCACGAAACGAUGCGAAUCGGCGGCGACGCGAGACGGUCGCCGCGGAGGGUGUAGCGGCGGCGGCGGUGCCCGCGGGCGAGCGUCGAAGGGCGCGGGGCGACGCGGCGGCGGCGCCGUGCAGGGUUUUCACGUUUACGCGGUCGUCGGGCGGGAAGGAGAACGACGGCGACGGUAACGUCUCGGAGAGUAACAAGACGCGGUUCGCGGCGGACGUCGCGCGGCUGAACAGGCUUGACCCCGACGGGCGCGUCGCGGUGUACGCCGAGGAGGCCGGCGCGUCCACGCCGCUGCCGCCCUCCGUGACCCACCUGCUCUUCGACAACGGCCGCCGAUUCGACAACUUCCUCGACGCCUCCCGCGUCGUCGCGAAGCGCACCGUGCGGUACCUCGAGGCGAUCCUGCGCGGGAUCUGGGUCCUCCACGUGGACUACAUGAAGGAUUCCGCGUCCGCGGGUCGGUGGCUGGACGAGCGGGAGUACGAGCUGCGGGACGCGGGCAUCGCCAACGGCGCGUUCGCCGCCGCGAUUAACAAAAACGGACAAGAAACGGACAAAAACGUCGACGACCUCGGACCGCCGGGGGGCAGGAAGCGCGCGGCGGCGGGCGCGGCGGGGGUGUUCGCCGGCGAGCGCGUCCGCGUCGUAUCCUUACCCGCGGACGUUCCGGUGACGCUCGCGGAGUUCACCCGUCUGCUGGAAGCCGGCGGCGCCGUCGUCUUGAACCGAGAAAACCGUUUAAGCGUCGGCAUCCGAGUUGGCGGUCGAUCCUCCGCGUCGCCCCCGAGGGCGUCGUGCGACCAGGACCAGGUCCCGGAGAGCCAGCCCUUCGACGGCACGUGCGGGGGCACGCCCGGGACGGGUGGGGGGGGCAAAGGCGAGGGUUCAGGGUCCCUGGGGUUAACCCUAAACUCCGGACACGAGCCGCCCACCGUCGUCGUCGGCGAACUCUCCGACGAUGAGGACGCCGCGGGACGGGGCGUCGCCGUGGACUGGCACUGGGUGUUUCACAGCAUCGUGCACCACAGGGCGUUGGAUAAGGAGCCGUACCGUCGGGCGCUGCUCGACGCGGGCGGGAAGGGACGCGAGUGA